AUGCCUGGGAUCCUGGAAUGCUCGGUGGAUUUCAAUAAGCCCAUAUCUGUGCGAGCUAGUCACGUAGUGUGCCGGACCCGGUGUGGCCGAGUCAUUCGUUUGCGCCUAUUUGAAAAGUCUGUGCCCGCUCGCCCCGAUGUGGCCAUUAAGUACACCCAGUGUCUAACCAAGCGAAUAGGCUACAAGUACUUGACUGCCACAAACAUUGGCUACAUUAACCGAGAGAGUCGACUAGCCCUCGAACAGCGCAUUGGUACCCGCAUUGUUCCCUGCGGCGCCAUUACAGAAGAUCUCAAGAAAACCUCGUAUAUCAGAGGAAUACUACAAUGCGAAAUGGGUGGCCGCCGAAGCGCCAUCAUUAAAGACUACGAUUUAGACCUUCCCGGCGAAUCCGACCCACAAGAGGUUCUGCAGCUAAUCAUCAACAAUGAGAAUCUCUUCCAUAAGAUUGCUGAACAACAAAAGAAGUUCAAUCGCUACGGAGUUGAAACCAUCCGCAUGCUGCAGAAGCGGUUCUUUGGGUGCUACCACCUCCAGAAGAAACGAGCCGGGGUGCAUCCUUUUGUUCUCAAAGGAUCCUGGACGCGAGAGAAGGCCAGCCGCUUCUUCUAUUCCUAUAAGACUUCCCUGGCCCUAGAAAGAGUUGCUUUAUUCAUCAAUCUCUUCCCCAAAGAGACAGAGCACACCACUAAGCUAGAAAUCAAAGGAAAAACUGUUUAUUACCACGUACGUAUUGAUCGCAUUGAUAUCUUAGAUACAAAUAGUACCAAAAAGCGUCUAGAGAGUAUCAAAGACAAAAAAUCUGUCCUCCCCAUUGAAAGUAAUGGAUAG